AUGUCAGCUUCUUAUAAAAUCCACUGCUGCUCGCUGUCUUUGUUCUCUGGCUCAGAAUGUUUGUUGUUCCUCGUACACGAACAAAGACCAGGAGGGACAGAAGCUUUCAGUCUGUGGUACCAAGCUUGUGUAACAGUCCACUUCAACUACAUUCAGUUAAAUCUGUGGAGUCCUUUAAAAAAGUCAGAGAGCCGUGUCUCUGUACAGUCAGAGGUUUUUGUACGGCGGUUCAAUGAGUUUGUAUCACUGUGGUACACGUUCGGUGGAGGAACCAGACUGGAUGUUAACUUGGGUCAAGUCCGUCCCACCCUGACGGUGCUGCCCCCCUCCACAGAGGAGCUGCAGCAGGGGAAGGCCACACUCAUGUGUCUGGCCAACAAGGGCUUCCCCUCAGACUGGAGUCUGUCCUGGAAGGUGGACGGCAGCAGCAGCAGCAGCUAUGAGGACAGCAGGAGCCCCGGGGUGCUGCAGAAGGACGGCCACUACAGCUGGAGCAGCACCCUGAGGCUCUCUGCAGACCAGUGGAGGAAGGUGGGCUCUGUGACCUGUGAGGCCACCCAGGGCUCCCAGUCUCCACUCUCAGAGACACUGAGGAGAGACCAGUGUUCCCAGUACUGACAAGACUCAUAGGGACUCUCAUUCUGGUUUUCUUCUGUUACUUUCUCUCUUUUUUUAAUGAUUUGUUUUUCUGUUUUUCAAAACUUAGUGAAUGAAUUCAUGUUUUCGGAAAAUAAAGAUGUUUGUUUUCAACUCA